AGAGAGACAGAGAGAGAGAGCAGAUACACACCUGUGCUUUCACAGAGAGAGAGAGAGACGGAAGGCUGAGACGCCACAUACACAUACACACAGAACCAAGAGAGAGGAAAAUCCAUAAAAUCACACAUCUAUCACCAUGGCAGAUAAAAUUAAAGACGCCAAGAUCAUCUUUGUUGUGGGCGGCCCCGGCUCUGGUAAAGGCACUCAGUGCGAAAAGGUGGUGGAGAAGUAUGGCUACACACAUCUGUCCUCAGGAGACCUGCUGCGUGCCGAGGUUGCGUCCGGCUCUGAGAGGGGCAAACAGCUCCAGGCCAUCAUGCAGAAAGGAGAGCUGGUGCCUCUGGACACCGUCCUGGACAUGAUCAAGGACGCCAUGAUCGCCAAGGCCGACGUGUCCAAGGGCUACCUGAUUGACGGAUACCCUCGAGAGGUCAAGCAGGGGGAGGAGUUUGAGAAGAAGAUCGGUGCUCCUGCCCUGCUGCUCUACAUAGACGCGAAGUCCGAGACGAUGGUGCAGAGGCUGCUGAAGCGCGGACAGACCAGCGGCCGCGCCGACGACAACGAGGAGACCAUUAAGAAGCGCCUGGACCUUUAUUACAAAGCCACCGAGCCCGUGAUCGCCUUCUACGAGAGCCGCGGCAUCGUCAGGAAGAUCGACUCGGAGCUUCCUGUGGAUGAAGUGUUCAAACAAGUUUCCCAGGCAAUCGAUAAGCUCAAGUAAAGAAAAAAUGGUCAGAUGAA